AUGACUAGUAAUCUUACGAAUACUUCAAUUGUAGAAUGCGGACUCGAACCACACGAUUAUUUGGAGGUCAAGUUUUUCUUGAUCAGCAUUGUUGGAAGUUUGAUUGGCUUAUUUGGGUUGUUCGGUAACGCCAGUACUGCCCUCAUCCUCACAAGGCCAUCUAUGAGGAAUCCCAAUAAUUUAUUUUUAACCGCAUUGGCUGUAUUUGAUUCUUGUCUUCUGAUUACCGCAUUUUUCAUAUAUGCAAUGGAAUAUAUAAUAGAGUAUACUCAAGCAUUUGAUCUUUAUGUUGCAUGGUUAACAUACUUGAGAUUUGCUUUCGCAUUAUCUCAUAUAUCUCAAACUGGAAGUGUUUAUAUAACGGUAACCGUUACAAUAGAACGAUAUCUGGCAGUCUGUCAUCCAUGUCGGAGUAAGAAAAUGUGUAGCUCAGGAGGUGCUGCAUGGUCUAUAUUAGGAGUCACAACUUUCGCCAUCCUCUUCAAUGCCACCAAGUUUUUUGAGCUUGAGGUAACUGUCAAUCCAGAUUGCCCAGAUGGCAAGAAUUGGCAAUCUUAUAUACUCUUGCCAUCGAGAAUGGCUGCAAACCCAGUAUAUCAGCAGGUUUAUGCCCUUUGGCUAACAAAUAUAGUUAUGGUUUUUCUUCCUUUUGUAACUUUGCUUGUGCUUAAUGCUUACAUCGCAUAUACAAUUAAGAAAAGUCUAGAGAAGUAUGAUUACCAACAGAAAUCAAUAGCUGAUGCUCUAUCAACGUGCACAAAUGUUGCACGAGAAAUAGUCAGGUUCGGAGUUUCUGGGCGCAAUGAAUUAAAAGAAAAAAGUAGAGAAGCUACGUUAGUGCUUGUGAUCAUCGUUUGCAUUUUCCUUGGUUGCAACUUUUGGGGCUUCGUUCUCACUUUACUAGAACGAAUUGUUGAUCAUGAAACAUUGAUGGUUGAACAUCAUGCUUUCUAUACAUUUUCACGCGAGGCUAUCAAUUUCUUAGCCAUUAUUAACUCAUCCAUCAAUUUUCUUAUUUAUAUCGUGUUCGGAAAAGAUUUUAGGAAAGAAUUGGUUAUUGUUUAUGGUUGUGGUGUUCGAGGAAUUCAAAUGAAACUUCCGGUUCACGAUAAGUUCUCAAUUUGGAGAUCUUGGACGAAACGGGGAAAAGAAAUAAGACGCUCAUUAAGCAUCAGUGCUCGAGGAGCAAGACAUCGGUACUCAACUGCUCAAAUUGAUUUUUCUGGAAUUCAGAGAUUGGAACAAACAAGAUUUCUUGAUCGCGAAAAGGAAGGAAAGGAUAUUGAAUCAUCUCCUAUUCGUAUAUUGCAAAAUGGUGAUAUGACAAACGGUCGAACGAUGCGUAAAACGACCAUAACUAUAUGUCCCGGAGAUACGGCAAGAGCGUUAAUAUCUGAAGGAACACCAUGCUAG